GAGACCUGGUAACUACCAGAGAAAUAUAUAGGGGAGCCUAAUGGGAAAGAUCCAGAAACUUUUGUGCAGUUCUCCCAACUCUUGAAACCUGUUAAAAAGCGUUUAUGCAACUACAGCUAAUUAAAGAAGACUCUUGGAUAAAUGAGGGAUUACAUCAGAAUGUUAAUACAGUCUUUGGGUUAAGGUGCUUGCCUACCAAAAGGAAUAAAAUAAAACACUGGUGCAUUUCUGUGUUACAAUAUAUGUAGGUUCUUUUAUUUGUAAAUACCUGCCUUCAUGUUCAUCAUCAUUAAUUUUGUAGAAAAGUUUUUUUUUAGCUGUUGGUCAAACCUGUUUUUGCAUUGUAAAAUGCAUGGACACUUUAUUUUCGGAGUAAAUAUUUCACCCGUAUCAAAUUUCAAAAAUAUGAUGAGUUUCAAUUGUUGAUUUACGCCUUGUAGAACUAAAAAAGUGGUGUUUUCUUUUGCCUUACUUAAAGAAAUAAAAAGACUCCUAUGCACUCACUCACCCCUGCAGCUCGCGCCUCCUGUGUGGCUACUCUCGUCACUUCUCGCGAGAUUUGCUGGCGUUGUUUGGGCGAGAGCCGACGACGAUACCGUUGUCUGGAAAAUUGUCUCGUGUCUGAAGCGCAUAUCUAAUAUUAACCAUUUCUGCUUUCCUUACCGUAUAGUAGUAAUACAGUUGUGAAAUUGCCACUGCAGCGCUUCUGAAAUUGGCCGCACAGGAUAUGGCGGAGUUGAACGGUAGCUCUGUCCUAUUAAAGGAAGAAGAAGAGCCCAUGGAAACCUCGGCUGCACACACAGAGAACUACCAAACCCUAAUUGAUGCUGGACUGCCCCAGAAAGUGGCUGAGAGUUUAGACAAUAUCUUCCAAACAGGCUUGGUGGCCUAUGAGGAUCUGGACGAGAGAGCCAUUGAUGCUUUGAGGGAGUUCAAUGAAGAAGGUGCCCUGACUGUACUGCAGCAGUUCAGAGAGAGUGACCUCUCACACGUGCAGAAUAAAAGUGCUUUCCUUUGUGGAGUGAUGAAGACGUACAGACAAAGGGAAAAGCAAGGGAGCAAAGUACAAGAAUCCACUAAGGGCCCAGAUGAAACCAAAAUAAAGGCUCUUUUGGACAGGACUGGUUACACAUUGGAUGUAACCACAGGACAGAGGAAAUAUGGCGGGCCUCCACCUGAGGAGGUGUUCACAGGCUCACAACCUGGGAUUGGUACCGAGGUUUUUGUCGGUAAAAUCCCACGGGACUUGUAUGAGGAUGAGCUGGUGCCCCUCUUUGAGUCAGCUGGCCCAAUCUGGGACCUUAGGUUAAUGAUGGACCCGCUGUCUGGACAGAAUCGAGGUUAUGCUUUUAUCACUUACUGCAACAAGGAUGAUGCCCAAAAGGCUGUGAAGCUUUGUGAUAAUCAUGAAAUCCGUCCAGGUAAAUACUUGGGAGUGUGUAUAUCUGUUGCGAACAAUCGUCUGUUUGUAGGAUCAAUCCCAAAGAACAAGACCAGAGAAAGUAUUUUAGAGGACUUUGGCAAAGUGACAGAGGGUCUCCAAGAGGUGAUAUUGUAUCACCAACCGGAUGACAAAAAGAAGAAUCGUGGUUUUUGUUUCCUUGAGUAUGAAGACCACAAGUCCGCAGCCCAGGCCCGACGUCGGCUAAUGAGUGGAAAAGUGAAAGUUUGGGGAAACCCAGUGACCGUGGAGUGGGCUGACCCUGUCGCUGAACCAGAUCCUGAGGUUAUGGCAAAAGUAAAGGUGCUUUUUGUGAGGAAGCUGGCCUCAGCUGUGACUGAGGAGCUUCUAGAAAAGACCUUUUCCCAAUUUGGGAAGUUGGAGCGAGUGAAGAAACUGAAGGAUUACGCUUUUGUUCAUUUUGAGGAGAGGGAUGCAGCUGUAAAGGCAAUGGAUGAGAUGAAUGGGCAGGAACUGGGGGGAGAAGAAAUUGAGAUUGUCCUGGCAAAGCCCCCAGACAAGAAGAGGAAAGAACGCCAAGCAGCUCGUCAGACCAGGAAUGCAGGGUAUGAUGACUACUAUUACUACCCACCCCCGCGUAUGCCUCCUCCAGGUCGAGGCAGGGGCCGCGGGGCUCGGGGCGGCUAUGCCUAUCCCCCUGAUUACUACGGAUAUGACGACUAUUAUGAUGAUUAUUAUGGCUACGACUAUCAUGACUACCGUGGGGGGUACGAAGACCCAUACUACGGCUAUGAUGAUAUGUACAGCAUGAGGGGCCGUGGUACCCGUCCCGCCCGAGGAGGCCCUCCCCCUCCCCGAGCUCGUGGUGCUCCUCCUGCCAGAGGCCGUGGGGGCUAUGCCCAGAGAGGACCGCCCCUGGCGGGUCCACGUGGUGCCCGAGGGGGGCGUGGGGCUCCUUUCCAACCACAGCGUGGCCGUGGUCCUCGUGGAGCCCGGGGCAAUCGCGGCGGCAACGUGGGUGGAAAGAGGAAGGCCGAUGUGUUUAACCAGCCUGACUCCAAGCGCCGCCAGACCAACAACCAACAGAACUGGGGGUCCCAGCCCAUCGCGCAGCAGCCCCUGCAGCAGGGGGCCGACUAUUCCGGUAACUAUGGGUAUAGUAAUGACACCAUGGAGUUUUCACAGGAUUCUUAUGGGCAGCAGUGGAAGUAGAUCACCAAAAGAAAAAAUGGACAGACCCCAGAAUUGGCUCCAGAUGAUUGGCUGCAAAGCCUUUUGGCUGAAGAAUGAACGUAACCGUUGUGGUGAAUGAAUUCUUACUCGGUUACAUUGGGACAUGUGUCUUAAAAAUACAUACUAAACACUUUUAUUGUUACUUGAUGUUUCUGAUUCUUUUAAAGCCAACCAUGAACAUUCACAAAAAUGGACAUCAUUCUCAAAAGUCUGAGAGGACAUUAAAUAUUACUGCCUUGCAGAAAGUCUUUUCCAAGCCCUCCCCUUCCCCUUCUUGUAAUCCCUUAUUUGUGGUUUUUCAUAGUUGCUUAGGGCUUUGCUUGUAAAUAAAUGCCUAUCGUUAGAGCUUCAUAACUUCAUUUUUUGCAAAGGUGGAGAAAAGAAUCCACAGGAAGGACAAAAUCAAGUUUUGUAAUGUUCAAAGUGUAUGCCUAGCAUUUCUAGAGGUAGUCAAAUUGUGUUUUUUUAAAAAUGAUAUCAUAACUUCCUAUGUUUUCUUUCAACAUACCCAGUAGAAUUUGGUUUGGCUUACCUUAAGAGCCAUAGCAGUUUGUUCUCUGAUGGUCUUUGUAUUUAUAACUUUUACGUUUGUUCCGUUUCAAUAAAACUCAGCUGAGCAUCAGUCAAUUGUCAAAAACUCAAA